CGUCUCCAACACAAAAUCAGAACAAUAUCCUUAAUUUUUUGUGUAUUCAGCGUCUAUUCCCGACGUCUGACAGUCUUUUCUUGAUUUGUCAAUCUUGUAGAAAUAGUGGUGAGUUGCACAAGUUUUUGUUCAACUGUUGAAUAACUCUUUUUAUGGGUCAAAGUCUCAUCUCUCAUCAUAAUCCUAAGAGGACUUAUCUAUUUUUAUCACUAUUUCUCUGACGGGCCUUGUCAUAUAUGUGAUAGUGACUGACUUCAUUAAACAGUUUCCAGAUAAUAAAACUCAAAAACAACCUUCAUCAACUCAAGCUUUUGUCACAUUAAAAUCUUUACUCACUGUUUCUGUUACCCAUGCCAACAGUUGUCAGCUGGUAUAAUUAAACAAAGCAGGUUUCUCCAGACUGUUUGUACGUUAGGUGUCAGGUCCCCGUCACCUUGAGGGAGCUGUAACCUUUGGUCAAGUUUGUUGGUGGAUCUUUAACUGGUCAACACGGCCGUAGCAGUAGCAGGUGUUCACAGGAUUGCGCAAGUCCCCAUAGUCCCUGGACGAGGCGUGAGUGGAGGGGAGUUUGGUAUGCCCUCAUGCAAGUCUCCUAUAGGCUGAUAUUUUUCCCCCAGGGGGCAACAGUCUUGCACCUGCGCGUGUGGCAAAGGUUCCUCCCGGUACGUCCCGCGGCAGACGGCUCUUGUCAAGUUGAUGCCAUUCAGCUCUGUCCCUGAGGAAGCAAAUUCAACAUGAGUGACCAAGAAGAUUCUGUUUUGAGCAAUGGAGUCGCAGUCAUGGAAGGUGACACUAAGAGCAUCGCCACCCAAAAGUCACAGAUUCUGUCAGACUCCACAAACAUCAAGAACGAGACGCACUCCACUCUCAUCAUGAGCGGAGAGGACACGACUGCAGAGUCAGAGAAAGUUGAGGACAGAGUGACUCAGAACGGGGCCGUAGUUGAUUCACAUUCACAGGAGACAGCGUUAGAGAACCAGGAGACUCAUCCUCCCAGCAACACCGAGGCACCUGCUAAAACUCCCAGAUCUCCAGGGCCAGAGGGAGAUACUGAAGGACUUAAACCAGCAGAGGAGCCCAAGGGAAUUCCCCUGUCGACGGCGAGCGUGGCAACGACUCUGGCCCCGGCUGACCAGCUAUGGUGCACCGGCAGAGACAAGGCAGUCAGGCUGAGGAUGGAGGGCUCAGGACCGGCGUCGGAGACUCCCAUCACAAUCCAUCAGAUGUUCUUGGAGACGGUGGAGAGCAACGGGGAUCACCCAGCCUUGGCUUCCAAAAUAGACGGCCAGUGGGUCACGCUGACCUGGAGGCAAUACUAUGAACAGUGCCGAGUGGCUGCCAAAAGUUUCCUCAAGUUGGGGCUGGAGCGUUACCGUGGUGUAGGUAUUCUGGGAUUCAACUCUCCUGAGUGGUUCAUCGCAGACGUUGGCUGCAUCUUGGCUGGGGGCCUGGCGACCGGCAUUUACACGACCAACUCACCUGAAGCUUGCCAGUAUGUGGCUGCCAGCAGUGAGGCCAACGUCCUGGUUGUGGAGAACCAGAAACAGCUUGAAAAAAUCCUGCAGGUUAAAGAUCAACUACCUCUUCUGAAGGCCAUUGUCCAAUAUAAAGGCGAGCUGAAGCAGAAGGCGCCAUUCCUGUACACGUGGGCAGAGUUCAUGAAGUUGGGAGAAGACGUGCCUGAUGAACAGCUGAAUGCCGUGAUUGACAGUCUUCGUGCAAACGAGUGCUGCACCCUCAUCUAUACCUCAGGGACCACUGGCAACCCAAAAGGUGUCAUGUUGAGCCAUGACAACCUGACGUGGACGGCCCGUGCAGCAGGUACCAUGGUGAAUCUGAACUACGCUGAAGAGACAUUGAUCAGUUACCUGCCACUCAGCCACGUGGCAGCGCAGGUCAACGACAUGUGGAUCUGUAUGAGGUUUGCCGGGACCGCCUACUUUGCAGAGCCAGAUGCCCUCAAGGGUUCCUUAGGAACAACAAUGAAAGAGGUGUGUCCAACUUCCUUCCUGGGAGUCCCUCGCGUGUGGGAGAAGAUGCAGGAGAAAAUGAAAGCUAUGGGUGCCAAGGCGUCCCCAUUGAGGAAGAAAGUGGCAGACUGGGCCAAGUCCAUAGGACUGCAGUACAACUACAGUGUCAUGAACGGGGAGAAUCAGGUACCUUGGGGUUUCAUGCUGUCAAACAAUCUGGUCUUCAAGAGGGUGCGUGCUGCGCUGGGCUUCGACAACUGCAAGAGUUUCUUCACAGGCGCCGCCCCCAUCACCAAAGAAACUCUGGAGUACUUCAUGAGCCUGAACCUCCCUUUGCUGGAGCUGUACGGCAUGAGUGAAAGCACGGGCCCUCACACCAUCUCCGUAAACAACGAUUACCACAUCACAAGCUGUGGAAAGGUGAUGCCAGGCUGCAAGAUAAAGCUGGAGAAUCCAGAUGAGGACGGGAACGGAGAGAUCUGUUUCUGGGGUCGGAACGUCUUUAUGGGCUACCUGGACAUGCCCGACAAAACCGAAGAGGCUCUCGAUCAGGAAGGCUGGCUGCACUCGGGAGACCUGGGAAGACACGACCAGCACGACUUCCUGUACAUCACAGGAAGGAUCAAAGAGAUCAUCAUCACCGCCGGCGGAGAGAACAUCCCUCCGGUUCCCAUCGAGGACGCAGUUAAGGCGGAGACGGCCAUCAUCAGCAACGCCAUGCUGAUCGGAGACAAACUCAAGUUCCUCUCCAUGAUGCUCACUCUCAAAUGUGUUGUGGAUGACAACGGUGACCCCACAGACGAGCUGAGCCCCGAGGCUUUGGACUUCUGCCGGCAGCAUGGUGUCACAGCAACCAAGGUGUCAGAAAUUUUAGCCAAUAAGGAGCCAGCGAUCUACAAAGCCAUUCAGGAGGGCGUGGAGCGCGUCAACGCCAGAGCGACGUCUAACGCCCAGAGGGUCCAAAAGUGGGUCAUACUGGAGCGAGACUUCUCUGUCGGUGGAGGAGAGCUGGGACCCACCAUGAAACUGAGGAGGCCUAUUGUUGUGAAGAUGUACCAGGAGACAAUCAAUGAAAUGUAUGCAGUGGCUGCAGAGAAAGAGUAGACUGUACUGCGCAAAGUUGAGACGAUAUUUAAGAAAGGCAGUCAUAAGAAACUUGGGACAUAUUUAUGAACAUUGUACUGUGCCCGGAUGUGUUCAGAAAUGUGUAAACCUCUAUUUGAUGUUGACUUUUCACCUGAAUGUUGUUAAUUUAGCCGGUCUGUCAGGCAGAGAGUCUUGAGUAUGAUUGUGUUGUAUUUAAGGGAAUUGGAGGUUUGUGCUGCUUUGUUUUAAUAUGUCACAUUUUCCUCCAUUUGUUGUUUGUUUCCAAAAUCAAUAUUUAAGCCUUUUAAAUGUACAUACGGUUUCACUUUGCACUUUUUUGUAAAUAAACCAUCCAAUCAUAGCCAAAUCUUGCCUUUUAUGGCAUAUACAGGUGAGUUGUACAGUACCAUGGCAACGCUGUAGUAUCAUAUUAUAUAAGAGCCAGCUGUCCGCCAGAUGUUGGUCAGGUUUGGCUGUGCCUGGUAUUUUUGAAUCACACUGGAUGGUGUCAUCAAUAAAGUCAUAUGUAUUUUAUGUUUGAGGCAACACAAUUUUGCAGCGUUAAGCUUCAUCCAGCAUGUUUCCAGUCGUCAUGUUGUGUUUGUAAGAGAAUCGACAUCUGGCAAAGCUGCUGCAACUUAAAAAAAACUGGAAGAGAUGUUUAAAAUAAGUAAAUGUAUUCAGAAAUUUAGUAAGAAUAUUAGUCAGAAUUCACUGAAUCAUGAGCAAAUUGUAAAACGUGCAUUUGCAUUUUUAGUCAGUGCUUCUCCGUGUACAGUUUGAGAAACACUGAAAUGUUUGUUUUGUGAUGGAUGUUCCAUCAAAAUUGUCAAUAAGAAAAUUGAGUGAUUUAUGAAGAAAAUGUCUAAACCUGAUUCUGCUUUUUA